AUGGCUGACUCAACCACUGAAGACCACUCGCAACUCUCGAACCAUUCUGGUUCUGGCUCUUCUGCCACCACGACUCCUACCAAAGACGGCUCUUCCAUCCUUUCCGGGUCUGUGGAUCCGUUCCUCCAGACACCUCUGACCCCACCAAAGUCCAUGAUACCCACCGCUCUUGGACCCCAGUCCAAUUACUUCAACACCAGCUUCACGCCCUUUGAUCCGUUGGGUUCCACCAAGAUAACCACCCCAGUCCAGAGAUCCAACUUCGACCACUCUACUGCCCCUCCCACCAUGUAUGACCCGCCAUAUUUCAAAAGCGAGAAUUCCGGUGAUUUGGACCUGAGUGUUGCUCUUGGAAAUCUGAACCUGGACUAUGAUCUUAUGGAAAUGAACAAGGGUUUUUUUUACAAGGGCGACGCCAGUUCUGCGUCUACGAUCUCAUCUUCGAUCCCAUCCGGUACCACUGGCGGAACCAACACCUCUAGAUACCAACCCCACCAGAACGGGGGUCUAGAUUACCAGAGAGCCGGGUCUUUGACUCCGAACCCGAGUUCGAGCUUUUUCAUGCCGAAAACGCCCACUUGGUCGGCACCUACCAUGCCAGCAUCAGCACCCCCAGCCAGAUCCUUUAUCGAUGGGUCCAAUUUUGGCGCGAUGGGCGUGAGGCCAUUCAAUCUGCCCGAAGAACAGAACCAACAGAACCAGGCUCAGCAAUCCCAGAUUGACCAGGAUCCUUUGGCGGCUCCUUCUCUGCAACCUUCACUGAUUGGCGGUCCAUUGUUGAAGGAAAGAAGGUCAAACCAGCAAAAAUUGCCCCAGCAUGUUCCCUCAAAUGGAAUGCCACUCACGAAUGAACAGAUCAACAUGAUGGCGCCAAGGUCCUUUCAGCCAAACUUCCAGCCAAAUUUCAACGUGGAUCAGACCCCCGUCUGGAACAACGUUGGUGCUGGAAAUGGCAUGAUGGGCAACAACGCAGGCCAAGCUCCAAGGAACUCCGGCUCUUUUGAAUCUUUUGAUUCCCGCCGUUGGAACGGGAACCGUGUUGCAGGUAACGCAAAUGGCCCAGGGAGCUUGAACAGCUCUGGAGGCCCAAACAUGCACCGUAAGCCAACUCAGAGAAGAAAAGGAGAAGACGCCUCCAGGUUUGUGAACGCUAAGCUGCAGGACUUUAUGGGCGAAAUCUGCACUCUGUGCAAAGAUCAGCACGGAUGCAGGUUUUUGCAAAGGCAAUUGGACGUCCAGGGCGAAUACGCUGCUGUGGUGAUCUUCAACGAGAUUGUGGACCAUGUUGUUGAUCUUAUGGUUGAUCCCUUUGGAAACUAUUUGGUUCAGAAACUUUUGGAAAAACUUCCAACUGACUUGAGGACCACCUUCGUCCGUAAUGCAUCCUCGCAGUUCGUCAGAAUCGCUUUGGACCCUCACGGAACCAGGGCUCUUCAAAAACUCGUCGAGUGUAUUUCUACGGAUGAAGAGGCCGAAGUCCUCAGGGAUUCAUUGACUCCCCAUGUGGUUGUUUUGAGUCGUGAUCUAAACGGGAAUCACGUUGUUCAGAAAUGCUUGCAAAUGCUUAGGCCGGAUCAGUUCCAAUUCAUAUUUGAUUGUGCCUACGAAAACUGUUCCAAGAUUGCUACUCAUAGACACGGCUGUUGCGUUCUACAACGGUGUCUUGACCACGGUUCCAAGGAGCAGUGCGAGGCUCUGUCGGUCGAAGUCAGCAAGAAUUGUAUUGCCCUUUCACUGGACCCCUUUGGAAACUACGUCGUACAAUAUGUGAUUGGAAGGGAGUGUAAAGGCAUCCAAUUGGUUUCGCAAAUCCCCGAACACGGAGCCAUGGCCACUAUGUUGGAGUCCAUAAAAGUAGCAGUGUUCAAGUUGUCACUGCACAAAUUCGGCUCCAACGUAACUGAAAAGUGCUUGCGCAUCCCAUUCAUUGCUAGAGUCCUGAUCGACUACAUGCUAGACAAUCCAGCAGAAGUCCAGACCCUGUUGCACGAUGCCUUUGGCAACUAUGUCUUGCAAACAAGUCUCGAUGUUGCUGACGCCAAACGAUUUGAGGACUUGUCAGCUGUCAUCAAGCCACUGCUGCCAAGUGUUAGAAGCACACCUCAUGGAAGAAGAAUCUCAGGCCGUAUUCAACAACGCUCCAGCCAAUCAAGUGCAUCAUCAGCUCACAGACACUCCUCUAGCAGCAGUGUCUCGAGCGUUCCGACCGUCUGA